UGGUCAUACUAUUAAUCAGCUGGUUAAUUUAAACUACAAUUAAAAUUUCAAUGUCAGUUCGUAAUUAACAAGGAUUGCUAAAUUGUGGGGUUUGGAGGAACCCGGCAGCCUGAACAGUUAAUUUUGACGUCAAGGCGGGCAAUGAAUUUGUAGGCACCGGAACCGAGUUUCCAGCUGUUUUCCGUCAGUGGGAACAGAUGCCCACAAGAGAUUACUUAAUUCGGCCCUCUCCGAGAAACCGAAACACAUUCCACUCCACACAAAGGGUGAUAGAGUACAGUGAAGACAAUGCCGGAAGACAAGGACCCUGGCCGGGCAGCGAGCGAAGCUCAGGAAACCGCCUUCCAGCAGCCCGCUAGGGAUGUGGACAUCUACCGGGACACCUUCAUCCGCUACAUGGGCUACAGCAACGAGAUCGGCGAGUCCUUCCGCCCGCUGGUGCCCAAGUCCUUCGUGGCCGCCUCCUACGGCAUGGCCAUCGGCUACGUCUGCACCGACACCUUCGACAAGGCGCUGCGCCUCCAAAUGGACGGAGCAUCCUCCCGAGAGGUGGCCAUCAAGGGCGGCGACGUCUUCGGCUGGCAGAUGCUGGCCUCCGUGGCCAUUCCCGGCCUGGUCAUCAAUAGGAUCACCUGGGCCACCAAAACCCUGCUCAGCCGAGCUCCGGUGGCCGUGCUGAAGACGGUCCCCACUCUGGUGGGCCUGGCCAGCAUCCCGCUGAUCAUCCACCCCAUCGACAGCCUGGUGGACCGCCUGAUGGACGCCAGCUACCGCAAGGUCGUGAGGUAGUGAACGCUGCGCCGGAUCGACCCCUCUACUACCCAUUCGUUUUCCACUCCCCGGUGAUAGCCCUUAGGAGCUAAGAGUUCGUAUUAACUGUUGCAAAGCUUUAGCCCCAAAAUCCACUCCUGGCGCGUGUUUCUAACUUUA